AUGGAUGUGGAUACGUUUCGAGAAGGCAUGGAUGUCAUGGAAGAUCUGAUAGGCUCACGAUCGAAGGAACAGGAUAUCUACAUGUACUGUACGGGCGGCAUUAGGUGUUCUGUUGCUGGCUCUUAUUUGCGAAACAAGGGAUACCAACGUGUAAAAAUGCUCAAGGGUGGUGUCACUGCGUACGGUCAUUACGUUCAAUUGCAAAAUAAGCCAUCUUUAUUUCGAGGCAAAAACUUUACAUUUGAUGGUCGACGCGGCGAACGAGUGACGGAUGAUGUAUUAUCGUUUUGCCACCAAUGUGGUGCACCCUGCGAUUCUAUGACCAACUGCAUAAAUACUCGCUGCCACCUUUUGUUUAUCCUCUGUGAACAAUGUCGGGCCAAAACAAGAACUUGCAGCCAGAUGUGCCAGGAUACGGUAGACGGCAAAGUCCAGUGGACGGCCGAAUACGAUUACCACCGCCAAAUUCGCCCCCCUCCUUUGAAACAGGCCGUCUAG